AUGCGCGCGCGCGCCCCGGACCUCCUGGCGGACCUGCUGGUGCAGGGAUGCGUCGCCGCGCUCGUGCUGUCGCUCCUGAGGUGGCUCGACCGCGACGCGGCGCGCGUGCUGCGCUCCGGGCCCGCGGUCCUCGCCGCGACGGGCGUGGCCCUGCUCGCCGCGGUGCCGGGGGCCGCGCUCGACGACGCGGUGCCGGAGCCCUACAUGGACGAGAUCUUCCACGUCCCGCAGGCCCAGCGCUACUGCGCGGGCGACCUCGCGACGUGGGACCCGAUGAUCACCACGCCCCCGGCCACCUACCUCGCCGCCCUCCCCCUCGCGGCGGCCCGCGCCGUCGCCCGCCACGCCGCCGCGCACGCGCUCGCCGCGACGGCCGCCCUCGCGCGCGGCGCCGCGCCGCCGAGCCUCGCGGGCGCGCUGGACCUCGGCCCGCCGCUCCGGCACGCGUGCAGCGCCAGCGCCCUGCGCGCGGCCUCCGCCGCGCUCGCCGCGCCCUGCUUCCUCACCCUGUGCUUCCUCGUGAGGCUCGAGUCGCGCAAGGCCGCGGGCCGCGCGACGCACGCGGCGCUCGCGGCGCACGCCGCGAGCCUCGCGCUCCUCCCGACGCACUUCUUCUUCCACUGGCUCUUCUACACCGACACCGGCGCGACCCUCGCGCUCCUCCUCGCGUUCGCCGCCGCGCGGUGCCGCGCGCCCUUCGCCGCCGGGCUGCUCGGGGCAGUCGCGGUGCUGUACCGGCAGACGAACGCGGUGUGGUUCUGCCUUGCGCUCGCCGAGCUCGUCCUCGGGCGGCUGCCGCGCGCGGCCGCCCUCCGCGUCGAGUCCACGCUCGCGGUCGCGCUGCAGCCCCUGCGCGACGCCGUCUCCGCGCUGCGCGCCGCGCCCGAGCUGCUCCGCGCCGGCGUGUGGUUCCCGGCGCUCGUGCCGGCCGCGUUCGCCGCGUUCGUCGCCGCGAACGGCGGCGUGACGCUCGGCGACCGCGCCGCGCACGCCCCCGUGGCGCACCUGGCGCAGCCGCUGUACGCCGCCCUCUUCACGUGCGCAGCGCUCGCGCCGGGCGUCCUGGCGGCGCUGCCGCGCACGUGCCGGCCGAAGCCGCGGCACGUCGUCAUCGCGGCCCUCGCGGUCGCCGCCGCGGCCGCCGCCGUGCACCGCGGCACCUACGCGCACCCGUACCUGCUCGCAGACAACCGCCACUACUCGUUCUACGUCUGGCGGCGCGUGCUGUCGCACCGGCUCGCGCGGUUCGCGCUCGUGCCGGCGUACGUCGCCGCGGGCUGGGCGCUCCACGUCGUCAGGCGCCCCCCGCGCCACCUGGGGUCCUCCUCGGUCACGUGGUGCUGGGUGUUCUACCUGUGUCUGGUGGCGGCGCUGGUCCCCGCGGGGCUGCUGGAGCCGCGGUACUUCACCGUGCCGACGCUCCUGACGGCCGUGCAGCUCCGCGUGCCGCCGGCGAGGGCCGCGCUGCUCGCCGCCGCCGCGUUCGCCGCCGUCAACGCCGCCACGUGGAACCUGUUCGUCCACCGCCCGUUCCGUGCGCCCGACGGCACCACGGGCAGGUUCAUGUACUGA